AUGGGACAAUAUCAAUCAACAUUAAUCACCUCUCAUAACAAGUUUGCUUCUUCCUUGUUUCAAUCAAUUACCACCAAAAACAAGCAAACUAAUAUAAUCUUCUCACCAAUUUCCAUUUAUUUAACUGUAUUGAUGGCCACCGGUGGUUCUAAUGGCCAAACAUUGUCAGAGUUUGGCAAGGGUAUUUUCCUUGAUCAAUCACCAUCCACUGUUGAAGUGUUUAGACUCAUUAUCGAACCAUUUGCUUCCAAUUUCUUUGAUAAUCUCAACACCUCAAUCAUCAAUGUUGCUAACAAUGUCUUUGUUGAGAGAAAUGCCAUUUUGAAUGAAAAUUACAAGGAACAUGUUCAAAAGGCCUUCCAAGUCAAUGUUGAACAAUGUGAUUUUGCAGGAAAUGCCAAUGGUGAAGCUGUGAAUAUUAAUCAAUGGGUUUCUUCACAUACCAAUCAAAAGAUUAAUAAUUUAAUUCCACCUAAUCACCUUAAUUCUCUCACACGAUUAGUUCUCGUCAAUGCAGUUCAUUUCCUUGGAAAAUGGAAGGAAGUUUUCAACAUUUCUAAUAGUUAUACGACCACAUUCCAUGGCGCUGGUGGUGACAGCACUUGUACUAUCAUGCAAAAAGAAAGAACCAAAGAACAAUAUGGUGCUGAAGGUCUCUAUCAUUGGGUCACCAUGUCAUUCAAUGAUGCCAAGUAUAAGCUGACCAUUGUUGCUGUCAAAGAUAACUCACAUCAAACAACUUUCGAUGAUUGGUUCUCUAAGAAAUUGAGUCAAGGAUUCGAAAGUGGCUUCCCUACCAGAGAAACUCAAAUGCACUCGUGUGGCUUCCCAAGAUUUGAACUCGAACAAGGAAUGGAAUUGAAUGAAAUUUUACAAGCUUCUCCAUUCAACAUUCAAAAAGCAUUUACAACUAAUGCUGAUUUCUCAAAUUUGAUCGUCAAUGAUCAAAUUCAUAUCAAUGCUGUCAUUCAUAAGGCCUAUAUUAAGGUGAAUGAAAACGGUGCUGAGGCAGGAGCUGCUCUUAGUAUGGAUUGUGCUACUUUUAGUAUUGUGAAAAAUCCAGAAUUUCUGGUCACCUCACCAUUUGCUUUCAUCCUUACUGAUGAUUCUACCAAGUCAAUUCUAUUUGCUGGUAAGGUUAACACAUUGUAA